CCUACCCACGAGAACACACCUCUUGCAAAAAAUCUCCUCCAUCCCUCUCCAGAAGAGGAGAAGAGGAAACACAAGAAGAAAUGCCUGGUGCAGAGCACCAAUUCCUAUUUCAUGGAUGUGAAGUGCCCAGGAUGCUAUAAAAUCACCAUGGUCUUUACUUAUGCACAAAGAGUAGUUUUGUGCGUUGGGUGCUCCAUUGUCCUCUGCCAGCCUACAGAAGAAAAAGCAAGGCUUAUGGAAGGAUGUUCCUUCAGCAGGAAGCAGCCCUAAGAGCACUCUGAAUCAAGAUGAGUGGAAAACCAUCUCA